GACGGAUGCAGGAAGGAGGAAGCAGGGGCGAAGUUGUCGUGUGGCUGCUUCCUGGUACAAAUGGCGAGCGCCAUGAAAACAGGGUUAUUGACAUGGGACUUGACAAAAGUGCUAUUCUUAUUCAUUUGUAUUAACUUUGCACGCCCGUUAAAUGCAGUGUCAGAGCCGGGGAAAUGGACCUUGACCGCCAAUAGUGAAACUACAAAGAAGCAGAGCUUUUUCCUCUUCACCAAGACUAUGUUUAACAAUACCAGCAUUCAGCUGAAAUGGUUGACGGAACACUGUGACCCUCCUGUUAAACUCAACAUCUCCUGGUACCUAAGGAGCUCCCGCUGCUUCGACGAGGUGUUCGGUCUCGACCCUCUGAAGGCAGGGAGCUACUUCAGGACGACAGAUGUGAAACAGGAAGGAGGAAGUGGGUUCUAUGUGUUCCACCAGUACCCUGUCAUUGAGUGCAAACAGACCAUGACCCACAUUGAGCUCUCUCUCAACAAAUUUGAGGAGCCGACUAGGCUUACUGAGCCAGUUCAUGAACAGCCUGUCACUGACAAGGACCAAGCGAUGAGGAAAAGGAGCAAUGAGGAUCCAAAGGAGGCACUUGCUGAGAAAAAUGCCCCCGUCAAAGCAGAGGCAACUGUGGCCACAGGGAAAGCCCCAGCCCCCGCUGCAAAGAAAGAAGUGCCGUUUGCAUCCCAGCACUUUGAUGCAGUGGCCCAGACCUGGGAUGAUGGCCCUUACAUGUUCAUCGUCCACAUCCAAGAGAUCAAGAAGAGCAGCGCUGCCACUGACUCUGUCCCAACACAGAACUGCAACAUCCAACUGCAAGUCAGUAUGAAAGGACCCCAUGACUACAUCUCAGCUUCGGAAUGGCCUCUUAUGAUCUUCUACAUGGUGAUGUGUGUCAUCUAUGUGUUGCUGGGCCUUCUGUGGUUGGGCCUGUCAGCCUGCUACUGGAGAGAGCUGCUCAGGAUUCAGUUCUGGAUCGGCGGGGUCAUCUUCCUGGGCAUGCUGGAGAAGGCCGUGUACUACGCCGAGUUCCAGAGCAUCCGCUACGACGGCCUCUCAGUCCAGGGGGCAGUAGUGUUUGCGGAGGUCCUAUCAGCAGUGAAGAGGACCCUGGCCCGUGUGCUCGUCAUCAUCGCCAGUCUUGGUUAUGGAAUUGUCAAGCCAAGGCUUGGUGCAUUGUUACACAGGGUGGUUGGGGUGGGACUGCUCUACCUUAUAUUCUCUGUUGUCGAGGGAAUCCUGAGGGUCAAUUCGGGUCAAGGGGGCAGUAGCAGACUACUGUGUGACAUUGUUCUGGCGUUCACUGACUCGUGUGUUGUGUGGUGGAUCUUUAUCAGCCUGGCUCAGACCAUGAAGCUCCUUCGCCUCCGAAGAAACGUGGUCAAGCUCUCCUUGUAUCGCCACUUUACCAACACCCUCAUAUUCGCCGUUAUUGCCUCAGUCAUUUUCAUUAUCUGGACGACAAAGACCUUCAAGUUUUCAAAGUGCCAGUCGGACUGGAAGGAGCUGUGGAUAGAAGAUGCCUUCUGGCGGUUCCUCUUCUCCACCAUCCUUCUGGUCAUCAUGUUCCUGUGGAGGCCUUCAGCCAACAACCAGAGAUAUGCCUUCAGCCCCCUAGUGGACGAUGAGAGUGACGACGAGGAAAAGGAACAGCUGAUGAAUGAUACAUUUGAGGGGGUGAAGAUGAGGGGUCUGAAGUCCGAGGCAAAUGGAACAGCCAAGCCCAACAAAGUGGAUGAGGAUCUGAAAUGGGUCGAAGAGAAUAUCCCCUCUUCAAUGUCAGAUGUUGCACUCCCACCUCUGCUGGACUCUGAUGAGGAGACCAUAACAACCAAAUUUGAGAUGUCCAAAAUGGAAUAGACGCAAGGGAGACGAUGCGUACUGCAGACAAGAGACAGUGCAGCACGUUGGACAACCUUACGUCUGUGUAUGAAGGAUAUUGUUAUCCCUUCCUUAUGAGCUUUGUAAGCAGCGGUUGUAAAUACGAUGGGAUAAACUAUGACGUAAUGAGCAGACUACUUUUCUUUCUUUUUUUGUAUGUCUUUUUAUUUAUAUUUUCAUGGAUAUGUUUUUUCAUUCUAGAUUAUUCACUACAAAUGGUAUCUUGCCUUUCACUGUUUACGUAGCUAAAGUGCAGAAUGUGAUUUAAAUGUGAUUUCUGCAAUGUUCUUUCUACAAUAUGCAGCACAAUCAUACACACUCCCUUACAACACUCCACACACACUCAUUCUUUUGAUCUCUCUCUGGCUGUCUGUCUGUUUCUCUCUUUUACACACACACACUGCACUACAGUCCCCGGUUCACCCCUUUUCUUUCAUUCUUCUACAAAAAAAUGGCCAUUAGUGACAUCUCACUGUUCUGUUUCCUCAUACAGCAGCCUUUUAGAGUGACCGUUAUCUAAGCGGGUGUAAUUCUCCAGACAUAGUCAACACACAGUGGACUUGCCUGAGGGCAGAGCAGCGUCACUGCAGGACUGUUUUAUUGUGUCUGUUCCCACUGAUAACAACCAACUCUGGUCAGCACAUCCAAUAAUGAUGGUGUUUUUCUUACAGCUGCAACUUUGUAUCAGUUGUUAUAUUGCCAAAAAUACCUUUUAAGUCAUUGUGAGCUUUUGUUUGUUAAUAAAUGAACCGCUAACUCGCAUACGAAAACAACAAUAUCA